GCUGUUCAAACCAGGUCCCACUGGGAGGUAUAGCUCUAGCAUCAUCAUCAACAUGGCUGUUGCAGGUCAAGAAAUUCACGAUAAAACGCUUCGUUCUCGUUCUUACCAUGACAGAAGCUAUCGCCAAGGGUUUCUUGGAGCUUUAAGCGACUUACAGAAGGAUGAUGUUCUCCAGGAUGUGGUUCUUGAAAUCCAGGGCCGCCGCUUUCCCUGCCAUCGGCUUGUUCUGUCCGCGGCCAGUCCCUACUUCAGGGCCAUGUUUACAGCAGACAUGGCGGAAAGCCGACAGAAAACGAUUGUUUUGAAGGGUUUGGAUGCAGUCAUGUUUGGGGAGAUCCUGAGUUACAUCUACUCGGGAACCCUCCGUGUGUCCCUGGACAAAGUGCAGCCCCUGUACCAGGCAGCCGACCUCCUCCAACUGGACUAUGUGAGAGACACCUGCAGCAGCUACAUGGCUAUGAAUGUGGAGCGCUCCACCUGUGUGGACCUGUACAAGUUUGCAGAUGCCUUCUCUGUAGACAUUGUCCUGAACCGUUGUCUUCAGUGUAUAUGUAGGCACUUUGCUAAGAUAGCCUCCAGCGAGGAGUUUUGCAGUCUGAGUGUGGGUCAGCUGACUGACAUCAUCAGCCAUGAUGAGCUGGAUGUAAAAGAGGAGACAACAGUGUGGGAGGCUGUGGUGAGAUGGGUGCAGCACAGCAGGGAGGACAGACUGCACCACCUACCCAGCAUCCUCCCUCACAUCCGCUUCAACCUGCUGACCUCAGACGGUCAAGCAGCCAUCUUGGAGCACCCCCUGGUCAGGGAGGAUCCUGGGAAUUCUGAGACCAUCAGGAACAUGGUACAGCCUGAAACCUCCACCCAGAAGACUAGAGUGGGCAUGGACACCCAGGAAAUGGCUCUCCUUUUUUGUACAAGCAAAAAAGAGAUGCUGUGUAUGAACCCCAGGGUGGGGAGGUACAUCAGCUGUAGUUACGGAGCAAACCUUCCACCCGUUGUGACGAUGACUGUUACCAGUGAUAACGACAUCUACAUCUUGGCUGGACACUCGCACGUUGAACUGUCCUUGUUAGUGUACAAUCAUGUGGGGAACACAUGGGAACAGGUGUCAACAGUGUCUAGGUCACGGGGGGACGACUUGCCAAGCGACGAGUACCUUGUCGAAGUUGACGGAUGUCUUUACUAUCUCACGGUCAAAAUGUCGCUGACAGCGGACAUGCUGGUGUGGGUCAGACGAUAUAACCGGCACACGAGCCAAUGGGAGGACUGCCCACAGCCGGAACUGGAGGGAACAUCAGACAUCAGCGUGGCGUUGUCAUGCGGUCCGCACUUGUAUUUCUUCACGAACACAGAAAUGCAUCGCUACGACCCCAGUCAGGAUAGUUGGAGCAAGUGUACGCCGCUGAACGCCAUUCCUCUGCUGUGCACGGCCGUCGCCUUUGGAACAACGGAGAUCUUCUGCACGGACAUCCGCUUCAGAAAAAUGGCAGUGUACAAUACAACGUCGGACUGUUGGCGGUUGUCUAAUGCUGAGUUGCCGUCUCUGAGAAAUCCGACCAUUAUGGAUAGCCCGAGUCUCUUUGUGCUGGAGAAGCAGCUGCAUGUGCUGUUACGGUCGUACAGUGGGGUGCCGGCAGGGGCCGACGACUGGCAGAUAUUUGCAUGGGACAGGUUUCAGGGGGUUUGGGAGGACUCGAAGCCCACCCUGCCAGCUGGGGACUGGAAGGCCUGUGGUCCUGUGUGUUGUGUAGCCCGCAUGUAUCUACCAUGUCUGAACAAAAAACGUACAGGCACAAGGAGUACAAUGCACCCUUAGAGCACGGGUGUUUUGACUGUCUGUAAUAUAGAUGUCACUGCCAUUAUCAUGCCCAUUUGGUGAUCCCAUGGCGUCUUGUGUGAAUUCAUAUUCUAUUUUUGUAUAAGUUGUGUGACUCAGUCAGACUUUGUUGCUGAAUUUUGAAGUAACAUGAUACUAUUUCCUCUGUUAUUUGUUUUUUAAAUUGCAAAAAGGAAAAAUAGAAUAACAAAAAUGUAUACAUGUAUAUAUUGUUUUUAUUUACAAAGUGACACCUAGGAUUUGAGGUCAGUACUGCAAUUUUUUUUAGCCAUAAGUGAAGUCACACUAGGCAAGUCUACGACUAGUGUUGGUAAAACAUUUACCUACUAGUAUUUGUUUUAGUAACAGUUAGAUAAACCACACACCUGUGUAACUUUGAAAAUAUGAAUUUUUAAGCUUAGUUGAAAAAUAUGUGUUUCUGUAAUAUAUACAGUGAUUUAAGAAGAAACUAUGAUGAUAUGUUGUUUGAUUUUAUAUCCUAGUCACAGAUUUGGGUUUCCUGCAUCACAGAUGAAUUUGAAAUGUCCAUUGAGUUUAUGAUAUGAACAGAACAGAUAUGUAUGUAAUAACAUUUUUCUCGUGACAUCUACAUACAACUAAACUAUAAUGGACUUUCAUGACGAAUAGAACACAAAUCAUGGAUCAUCAUGUGCAUAAUUUCUUAAAUCACAUGGUCUUUCAUAAGCAUACUGUAAAUGCAUUUAAGUUCGCGGGGAUUUAAUUUCGCGGUAGCGGGAAAAAGGACUUUUUGCGGUGGUUUUAAGUUCGCGGUAGCACCAUGCAAUGUAGUCUCUUACUGCUAUGGAAAAAUGUUUGCAGUGGUUUUAAAUUUGCGGUAAAGCGGCCACCGCGUAAACCGCGAACAUUAAACCACCACGAAAGUUUCUGCAUUAACAGUAUUUUCAAUCUUUAAAUUACCCAAUGUCAAGAUUCUUGAGGCCUAGACUUUUUCAUUGAUUAUGUGUCUCUCCUAUUGUAUCUUAUUUGUCACCACGCGUAAAGUUAAUGAUAAGUGAGUCAUAAAUAAUGCCAUUGGUUAUAUAACAAGCUAAGCUAAUUUUUUAUGGACUGAGUUGAAAUUUGGCACAGCCAAAAAUCUGAGAAACUGACAGAUAUAUCAGCUUUAAGAAGAUAUGUUUCUUUACAUUUGUGCCAAAUUUCAUCUCAUUUAUUGAAAGAAUGAAAUGAUCUUGUUAUUAAACCCAUGGCUUAUUCCCCCCCACCCCCACCCCCAUCUAAGCUUCAAAUUCAAUACCAACUGUGUCAAAGUUCAUUUUUUAAUGUUUUAGUUUUAUACUCACAUUUGCAUAUAAUGAAUAAUUAUAACGACUAAGUUAACUUAACUUUUAGCAUCAGUUACAGAUGUAUGUACAGUUCUAUCAUCAUACAUAAUAAUGGUAUGGUCACGCUUUUGGAAUGGAUCAUACAAAUAGAUUGACACAGGAGUCAGGUAUAGGAAAAGGGCACGAUAGUACAUGUGCUGUAAAUAUUGCAAUUUUGUGGCCUUUUUUUGUUUUCGAUUAUUGAAAUGAUGACACCGUGAAUAUGUGUUGCUAAGCUACAUAUUUAGUAUAUGUAGAAAACCUCCUAUCCACUCCUGUGAAAUUAAACCCCAUGAUAAUAAAUGAAUAUCCAUCA